AGCCAGGCCUCACGGCCCCGCCUGGAGUGGGCGGGGCAUGCGUGCUGCGCAUGCGCUAAGGGCGCUGUAGCCGCGUUUUCCCUCUGGUAUCGCCUGCCAGCAAGUCGCGCGGCCGCUUCACCUGUAGUAGGUCGUGGCGGUGAUAGUACUGGGCGAGGUCCCAUGAGGGUCAUAUGGAAAGUCCCUAGAGGCAGGAUUUCCGGGAAGCCUCGAGACUCUCUGAGUGACUGGGGGAGGUCAGCUGCCCCUUUGCCUAGCGAGGGCUUUUCUAGACGUUGUCACCGGCACUGGCCUCACGUUUUGCAGCCGCCACGGCACCUUUCUAGACUAAGAAGCCAUGACUUUGCUGCUUCCUGAAGCUAUUUACUGAAGAUCCACUGGGUGUCGAGCACUGUGCAUAGUUAGUUAUCUUCGAUUCUUGCAACAUCCUCGGAAGGUCAGGUACAUGGCUCUUCCAUGUGAUCCAAAUGACACUUCCUAUUUGCUGCCUCCUGACAGCAAGGACUGGGAACGGCAAAGCGUUCCUGACUUUGUCUAUGGGCAGAACGACCUCGUAGUGGAAGGGGUUCAAUGGCCAAGGAAAGCACCCUGUGACCUGGACACUCUGCCCCUGUCUCGCUUUGACUCUGCACUCUGCUCUUCCUGGAGGCAGCGGAUGGAGCUGGGGCUGUUCCGCUAUUGCCUAGGGGAGCUGCAGACCCAAACCCUCCCCGGAGCCGUGGGUUUUGUUGCUCAGCUGAAUGUGGAGCGUGGUAUACAGAGGCGGCGGCCCCAGCACAUCAAGAGCGUGAGGCAGGCAUUUGACCCUGAGCAGUUUAACUUCAACAAGAUCCAGCCAGGAGAAAUUCUCUUCCGUUUGCACCCGGAGCCUGAUCUCCCCAGUGAGCUCCAGCAAGAGGACAUCCUCGUGGUGAUCAAUGUCAGCCCCCUGGAGUGGGGACAUGUGCUGCUGGUGCCUGAGCCUUCCCGUGGGCUUCCACAGCGCCUGCUGCCAGGCGCGCUGCGGGCUGGGGUGGAGGCUGUGCUGCUGAGCCUGCACCCAGGUUUCCGCGUUGGCUUCAACAGCCUGGGUGGCUUAGCCUCUGUGAACCACCUCCACCUGCACGGCUAUUACCUAGGCCACAGACUGCCUGUGGAGGGGGCUCCAAGUGAGCCCCUGGACUCUGGGGGCCAUUUGCAUCUCAUCCGGGCCCUCCCAGCUCCUGGCUUCCUCUUUUACAUUAGUGGGCCAGGGCCUGACUUGGAAGCCUUCAUAAACAGGAUAUGUUGGGCCACUGACUACCUGACUGAUCAUGAGAUUGCACAUAACUUGUUUGUGACCCGGGGAGCCCCUCCUGGAAAUACAUUGCCUUCCUCAGUCCUCACAGGGGUCCGGGUAAUUCUUUGGGCCCGGAAGUCCAGCUUUGGAAUAAAGGAAGGUGAGGCUUUCAAUGUUGCCCUCUGUGAGCUGGCAGGACACCUCCCAGUCAAAACAUCCCAGGACUUCAGCAGCCUGACAGAGGUGGCUGCUGUGGCCCUCAUUCAGGACUCGCUGCUACCCCCUGCCCAGGCAGAAGAGAUACAGGCAGCACUGGUGGCCCUGAUGUCCCUGGAAAAGCAGUAAUCCCUGCAU